CCCAAAAGGUUCGGAGACCGGAAGCUAAUUAUCUUUGCUUUUAUACGUAUGAUUGUGGAUGACUGACACGGCUUGCCUGCAUCUUCUUAGGUCGGUUGGUCUGAAAUCAGCCGCCUAGGGACAAAUCCGAUUUGUUCAAUCCUUGGAUAGGCAUGACCUUUUGUGACUUGCAGAUUCCUUCCAGAUAGCAACUUCUCAGUCACCUAUGGAGGUCCUAUGAUAUCUUUCGACUUCGAUUGACUACCUUCCAUGGCGCAUAGAUGUCGCGACAGCCUACAGGCAAUAUUGAAUGAAUUUGGAAUUGAUCGAUCCGCUUCCCCACACUACGACUUGGCCACGGCGUCUGGACUCUGACUGAAAUCUGAUAAAGAAAUUCCAGUCAGAUUAAGUACUGAUCUGCGAGAAUUAUCUCUCCCUCCCUUCACGCACACGACGAUGGCCUUUACGCUCCCAUCCCCAUUUAACGAGCUCCCAAGGGAGCCUUUGCUCUUCGGACCCUCGCCUAUCCAUACCCUCAACCGGAUGACCGAGGAUCUUGGCGGCACAGUCAAGAUAUGGGCUAAACGCGAUGACUGCAACUCCGGACUUGCUUUCGGCGGCAAUAAAAUGCGAAAGCUAGAGUACCUCUUAGCGGAAGCUCUCGCCAAAGGUGCCGACACUCUGGUGAGCAUCGGAGGCGUACAGAGCAAUCAUACGCGACAGGUCGCGGCGGUCGCAGCGAAAUACGGGCUAAAAGCUAAACUGGUUCAAGAGCACUGGGUAGACUGGGAAGACGUCGUUUACGACAAAGUAGGAAACCUGCAGCUCUCACGGUUAAUGGGAGCCGAACCUCGGCUGGAUCCCUCCACCUUUGGCAUCGAACACAAACCCACCGCAGCCUCUCUCACCGCAGAAGUCGAAGCCGAGGGUGGGAAACCCUACUAUAUCCCCGCUGGAGCCUCUGACCAUCCCCUCGGCGGGCUCGGAUUCGCUCGAUGGGCAUUCGAAGUCGCCGCGCAGGAAAAAGAACUGGGCGUGUUCUUCGACACGAUCAUCGUAUGUGCCGUGACCGGAUCCACGUUCGCGGGUAUGAUCGCGGGGUUCAAGCUCCUUGCCAAGCUUGAUCCCUCCUCCCCACCCCGUCGCGUGAUUGGGAUCGACGCGUCUGCGAAGCCUGCAGAGACCAAGGCACAGGUUCUGCGCAUUGCGAAGAACACUUCUGUGAAGAUUGGGUUGAGUGAGGCGGAUAUUACUGAGGCGGAUGUGAUUUUGGAUGAGAGGUACCAUGCGGGGUCGUAUGGUAUACCCGAUAAGCAGACGAUCGAGGCUAUAAAGUACGGAGCGAGGAUGGACGCAUUCAUUACGGAUCCUGUGUAUGAGGGGAAGAGUCUUGCUGGGAUGGUUGAUAUGAUUAAAAAGGGAGAAAUUAAAGGAGGGAAUGUUCUUUACGCGCAUUUGGGUGGACAGUUGGCGCUCAAUGCGUAUUCGGACAUGGAGAACAGGGUGGGAGCCUGAACGGGGUCAUUGUUGUGUACCCGGGUGUAAUAUUAACUAAGAAAUCGAUGUACUUUAGUCUCGUACCCACCCGUUUCGUGAGAUCUUGCCCUCCUCACUGCGUCCGGAGAGAUCGGACCGUGUCACGCGAGCGGAGUUACAAAAGGGAGGGCAGAGAUCUCACUGAAACGUCUGGGGCAUUUGGGCUCGAUAUCACCCCUCCUCCAAAUAAUGAUGCCAUAAUAUAACUAUAUUUAGACCACUUUUUGUAGCGCAAUAGCACUCCCUUCG